AUGGAUGAGUUCGAAGGUCCAGGAAAGAUCAUCAGAGCAAGGUCACUCAAGAGAGGCAAGGUUGAAGAAAGGAUCACUGAUAGGUCACCGAUAGCAAUACAUAUCACAGUAGUGGUGAUUCGUUCUGAAACUGAAUGUAUGAAAUUUGAAAUGCAAGGGCCGUCUUACACUAUGUAUGGGGUCCCUGGGCCCACAGCAAACUCAGGGCUUUCGGCUAAAGGGGCAUCAAGCACUCAGAUAUUGAUUUUUGAGCAAUUGGGGCCCCCCAUCAAGCCGGGGCCCUUCUGGCCCAUAGAGUACAUAAUAGGCUAA